AUGCUCUCAAUCUUUCUGACAGAGGAUCUUGAACAAGAACUAUCAAAAUACAACGCAGGACAACUCGUCUACUAUUUCUGCAUUCACAAAAAGCGGGACAAGGGCACAGAUCUAUUAAGAAGCCUUUUGUAUCAAAUCAUAGACAAACGGCCAGAGCUUGCUAAACACGCUUUCACAUACCUCGAGAUGCCUGAGCGAAGAGCUCAUACUUUGUCAUCCUUGCCAUCCCUUUGGAUCAUCCUUCAAAAUAUCAUUGCUGACGCGACACUGGGCGAUCUGUUUUGCAUAGUGGAUGGGCUUGAUGAGUGUGAUGAGGACACGCGAAGAUUUCUUAUCCCGAGAUUCGUCGACCAGCUUGAACCUCAAUCCUCGCCAAAUCAGCCUGAGAGUCUUUUUAGGAUCAUCAUCGUAAGCCGGGACCUAGAGGGGCUAGAGGGUUGUGAAAAAAUCGAUCUUGACGAAGACCAUGCUAGCAAUGAUGGUGGUGAUAUCGAACUCUUUGUUUGCGAAAAAGUGAAAGAGCUUUUCCAGAGGAAGAAAUUAGACGUUGUUUUCCAGCCAACAGUACGGGAAGCCCUGAUUUCGGGAGCUAAUGGCACGUUUCUAUGGGUAGGCUUUGUCAUCAACGAGCUACUGAAGGUGCGUACAUGGAGCCAGGUAUGCAAGCAGUUGAAGUCACUACCGGGCGAUUUGAGUAACAUUUAUGAUCGUAUGUUACUUGGAAUUCCUUCCGAAAACCGAGAGACAUCAUCACUGAUAUUACAAUGGGUCUGCCUUGCCCAACGCCCCCUGAAAGUUGCAGAGCUGGCUCAAGCAGUUGGUCUGAAACCAGCUCCCCAGAUUAUCUGUUCCAAAGGCAUCGAACCCUUACCUAGAUCUGUUCUUCUUAGGCAGACAACCAUGGACGAGAUAUCCCUGUGUGGUCAAAUGCUUAAAGUUGAGCAUGAAGAGGUUACACUCGUCCAUCAAUCAGCAAGGGACUAUCUAUUGCGCUGUGAUACAGAUAGUAACGACAUUUUGGAGUUUUUUCGGGUUCGACAGAAAGAAACACGUCGUAUGAUCGCCCGCAUAUGUUUCGACAUUAUUGCGCAAAAUGCUGAUCAUCGCAUUACAAUGUGGGAGUUGUGCCUACGUGAAUCAGAGGAUUUACCACUCCUUGAAUAUGCGACUUCUCAUUGGGAAAAGCAUAUCCAACACUGUCCUGACGUUGAAAACAAGCUAUUCAGCGACUUGGACGAUUUUUUCCAGCCCGAUUCCACACUACGUGCCAAGUGCGGUCUCUUCAAAAACGUACGGUUGCUUAUCGAGAUGGGAGCUAAUAUGUGGGUCAAGGAUGAUAGUGGCGGUACAUUGCUCCAUGCGGCGGUUGAUUCAGGAAGUGAAGCAAUGGUUCGACUUUUUCUGCAUAAGGGACUGGACUUCCAAGCGAAAAACAAUGCCCGGGGAACGCUCUUGCAUCAACUCGCUUGGAGAAUCGCUCCAGAAAAUGGCAUAGGGAUCUUCAGGCUGUUGAUAUCCUUAGGAGUAGAUAUCAACGAAAAGAAUCAUGAAGGUUCAACAGCUCUGCAUAUAGGAGCGAAAGGGAACUACCCUGAGAUAGUGCAGCCCUUAAUCGAGAACGGAGCCAAUCUGGAAGCGAGGAACAUAUCGGGCAAGACAUCAUUGCAUUUUGCUGUUCUUGCGCGCAGCCAGAGCUUGAUGAUACGUGAUCAUACAAAAACCAUCGGAGCAUUGAUCCAGGGCGGUGCUGAUGUCAGCGCUCGAGACAAUCAAGGGUAUACACCGCUAGACUAUGCAGAUUCACUGUAUAGGGAAGAAUUGGAAACAUGGAUAAAGGACAGGGUGCUCAAUUAA